AUGGCCGACACAGCGGAACAGGUUGAGACGGCGCCGGUCGCUGUCCAGCAGGAUCAGGAGAUGGCGCUAGCCACAACAAACAGCAGCACCGAGGUCGCGGCGCCAACUGGGAAGAAGGUCAUCAAGAAAAUCAUCCGCAAGAAGAAGCGACCGGCGCGAGCUCAGGUCGACCCUGACUUCCUCAAUUCCGAGCCCCCGCCCCAAACUGGAGUCACAUACAACCUGUGGUACAACAAGUGGUCCGGCGGCGAUCGAGAAGACAAGUAUCUGUCCCAAACGAAAGCCAAGGGUCGCUGCAACGUCGCCAAGGACAGCGGGUACACCAGAGCCGACCAGGUCACUGGGAGCUACUUCUGCAUCGCCUUUUCGCGUGGCAUCUGCGCCAAGGGCCAGGACUGCCAAUACCUCCACCGCUUGCCGGGGACAUUCGAUCUCUUCAACCCCAACGUAGACUGCUUCGGUCGCGACAAGUUCUCAGACUACCGAGAUGACAUGGGCGGUGUUGGAAGCUUUAUGCGCCAGAACAGGACCGUUUAUGUGGGAAGGAUACACGUCACCGAUGAUAUUGAGGAGGUUGUGGCGCGCCACUUUGCGGAAUGGGGGCAGGUUGAGCGCAUUCGCGUUCUCAACACCCGAGGUGUAGCAUUCAUCACGUACACGAACGAAGCGAACGCGCAAUUCGCCAAGGAAGCAAUGGCCCACCAGUCUCUCGACCACGAAGAGGUGUUGAACGUCAGAUGGGCAACCGCCGACCCCAACCCCAUGGCGCAGGCGCGAGAGGCGCGCAGAAUCGAGGAGCAGGCCGCCGAAGCUAUUAGAAGGGCCCUCCCUGCCGAGUUUGUCGCCGAGAUCGAAGGCAAGGACCCAGAGUCGCGCAAGCGAAGGAAGCUUGAGAGCACCUACGGUCUUGAGGGCUACGAGGCUCCCGACGAGGUCCACUUUGCCCGAGGAGCCAACGCUGUGAAUCCCCUUGGGCGAGAGGGCUUCGAGGUCGAAUAUCAGGAGCGGCCAAUGAUUGAGAAUGGUCAGACUGGCGAGGCUCCAGCACAUACAGAGCAGCCACAGCAGGAGACGGGCGGCAUCUUCUCGGGCAGCACGCUCGCGGCUCUAAACAAGGCCAAGGUUGCGGUAGCAUCAAAACCCAAGGCGGUCUCCUCAGGGCCGCUGGUUGCCUACGAUAGCGACAGCGAUGAUGAAUAA